AAUCUGGUAUGCAGAAGAUGAACGGAGGAUGUUUCCGACUGUGAAGGAGACUGGUGCUGCAAAGGAAGAACUCAUCUCCCACUUGUGUCCAUCCGAGGUGCCUUCAGAGCAGCCUGGGACCUGGGCUCAGAUCUUUCAAAGGCCACUCAAAUGAUAAUAGGUCCAGGCUUCACCCUCAGGUUAAAGUUGUGGGUUUUGUUUUUUUGUUUUUUAAUUUACAGCUGGGCAUGGUAGUCCAUGCCUUUAUUCCCAUGACUGAAGUCACAGACAGGCUACAACUAUAAAGCCUAGGAAAUUAUUUGCGGUCUCGGGGUGCAGUUCCAGACAGGGCAUUUUGUUUUGUUUUCCUAAGCUUUCCUGUUCUGGAACUAGCGUCGUAGAUCAGGCUGGCCUUGAACUCACAGAGAUCUACCUGCUUGUCUCCAGAGUGCUGGGAUUAAAGGCAUGUGCCACCACACAUCUUUUAUUGUUUUUUAUCAUGUGCUUUUGAGCACAUAAAUAGUUCAAUAAAGCCCCUGAAGCUUUUGGGGGUUGUGAGCUUCCCUGUGUGGAUGCUGGGGAUCAAACAUGGGUCUUCUGCAAGACUAGUAUGUGCUCCUAAGUACUGAGCCAUCUCUCCAGCCCCAGGAUGUUUGACAGCUACACUAGGAUUAUAGUAUGUUCCAAGCUCAUGGGACAUUUUGUGCCUGGUUGUGGCCCACACAUCUUCGUAGAUUUGUCCACUAGGAUUUUCAGAUGAGUGUUCCUUUAAGAGUCAAGGCUGCCUGGGCUGGCCCCUAACUCAAGUAUUACUGCCUCAGCCUCCUGAGUAGCUGCCACUCCAGAAACAGGCAGUGGCAUCUAGUUUCUGAUAGUGCUCUGGAAAAGUGCUAUGUACUUCAUCUUGGAGCCUCAUUCCAGAAUAGGAGUCUCAGCCUGCUCCCUCAAGGAGCUGCUAGUACAGCUGUCAUUGAAGAAAAUGUAAAUUUUCCCUCAGACUCAGCAUCCGCUCCAAAAUCACUUACAUCCUGCUGCCUUCUUGAAUGGAGACAAGGCUCUUUCUGGCUGGUCUGAAGCACCUUUUUCCCUGAUCGAGGGACUGAACAGCGUUUUGAGCCACCCUACUCCAGCGAGCCCAUGCUAUUUGGGUGGUGCCCUCUUGUGCUGUCACAAAAACGGUGCGAGGGCAAGUGCCGCAUACAACCUUGCACCAGAGCUACCUCUGCUCAACAGGCGGUGUACCAGUUUCCCGACCAGGUAUGGCACCUGCAGCUCCUGGCCACCCGCAGGGCACUCUACGUCCUGUGUGCCCGGACUGGCAUCUACUGCCUGUCGCUGGACUCACUGGACAGGUCUGGGAGCCAGGCAUGUGAGGACAGAGAUGAUGAGGCUCGCCCCUACCCUGUCGUCCAUGUGGACCCAGAAGCCUGCGUCCUCCCUGACGCUGCCCUCUGCGCCUUCACUGUGCUGGAUGAUAUGCUGGUCACCCUGGCACAGGGCCCCACCCAGUGGAAGAUGCAGCUGUUUGAGCGCCCCGGUGCAGGGGAGGAGCCUUGGCUUGGAGGCCAGGUUGGUGAGGUGGAGUUGUCAACCUGCACCCCACCAGGUGGGGUGCCAGGGAAGCCUGCAGCCCCCUGCUUCCUGCCAGUGCUGUGCUGCGUUUUCCCUCCAGACUCCAGGGCACCUCAUGGCCACCCUCGGGGCUGCGGGUGCUUCAUGCUGGAGGAGGCUCUCUUUGGUCUGCUCUUCGGAGUCGACGCCACCCUCCUGCAGUCCCCUGUGAUCCUCUGCGGUCUCCCUGAUGGCCAGCUCUGUUGUGUGGUCCUCAAGGCCCUGGUUACUUCUGGGUUAGCCCCUGGUGACCCGAAGGUCCUGGUCAAGAUCCUCCACCACCUAGAGGAGCCUGUGAUCUUCAUUGGGGCUUUGAGGGCAGAACCACACGAGGAGGAAGCAGCCAGAGAACCACUGUCUGGCGAGCACGUGCACUCUGACUGCCUGGUGGCCCUCGGUCACCAGGGCCGGGCACUAGCCAUCAAGGCCAGCUGGAGUGAGUCAGGGAACCUGGUGCCAGAGCUUCGUGAGUAUUGCCUCCCAGGGCCUGUGCUCUGCGCCGCUGCCUGUGGCGGGGAUGGCCUCAUGUACCACAGCACCCCCUCAGACCUCUGUGUGGUGGACGUGACUCGGAAAGAUAGUCCUUGGAACCCUGAGAAGCCAGAUGGGGCCAUAGGAGGUCUGCCCUCCGUGCUGUGCCCAGCCAGCUUGAACAUCUGCAGUGCCCUCGCUCUGUGUGUGGCAGCAAGGGCACCUACAGGUAGCACCGAGCUCCUGGCCCUGUCUUCUAAAGGACGCCUGAUCACCUGCAGUCUGGACUUGAACUCUGAGGCGCAUGUGCCUGCCAAAAUGACCAUGGCAAAUGCAGGCCAGAAAAUUAAGGAGCUGCUCUUGGACAUCGGUGAUGUCUCUGAGAGGGUGUCCUUUCUGAAGAAAGCUGUUGACCAGCGCAACAAGGCCAUCACAAGUCUCAACGAGGCCAUGAAUGUGAGCUGUGCCUUGCUGUCCAGCCAGGAGGGUGACCGUCCUAUCUCAUGCACCAUCACCACCUCCUGGAGCCACCUGGAGCUGCGAGACAUGCUGAUGGCCACCUGCACACUGGCGAAUAGCAGCAGCUUCAGCCUGGACCAGGGCUGGACCUUGUGCAUUCAGGUGCUGACCAGCUCCUCUGCCUUGGACCUGGAUGGGGCUGGCUCCGCUUUCACCUACACCAUUCCUGUGGACAGACUGGGCCCAGGCAGCCGGCGGGAGGUGACGCUGCCCCUGGGCCCUACGGAGAGUGGCGUGCUCGACCUGCCCGUGACCAUGUCCUGCUGGCUCUUCUACAGCCUCAGGGAGGUGGUGGGUGGGGCCCUGGCCCCCUCAGACCCUCUGGAGGUCCCCUACUUGGAGAAGCUCCCUCUCAACCUUCCUAAGCAAGAGGGCGUGUGCCUGCCCCUGUGCAAGCGCACAGUGGACAUGCUGCAGUGCCUGCGCUUCCCUGGCGUGGCCUCACACCCUGCACAGGCCCCCCGUGUGCCUCCUGGCCCUGCCUGCGAGCCCGUGGAAACUUUCCUCAAGACCUGCCAAGCCCCUGGCAGUGAGCCUACGGGUGCUGCCUCCCUGCGGGCCAAGUACCUGCCUCCAUCCACAGCCUCCCUCAGGGUGUCCGCAGGCCUUCUCAGAGCUGCGCUGCAGGACGGUCGUUCAGGUUUCCACCUGUGCAGCGCCACCCUGCAGUGGCUCCUUGCUGAAAACGCUGCUGUGGAUGCUGUGAGGGCCCAGGCACUGUCUUCCAUCCAGGGAAUAGCCCCAGAUGGAACUGAUGUCAACCUCAUCGUCCAUGAGGUAGCUGUGACUGACUUGAGCCCUGCAGGCCCCAUCCAGGCUGUGGAGAUCCAGGUGGAGAGCUCCUCUCUGGCCAACAUGUGCAGGGUACACCAUGCCAUCGUCAGACGGAUACAGACUAUGGUCACAGAGCAAGCAGCCCAAGGCUCCAGCCCGCCUGACCUCCGCAUGCAGUAUCUACAACAGAUCCACGCCAACCACCAGGAACUGCUUCGUGAAGUGCAGGCGCUGCGUGACCAGCUGUGCACGGAAGAUGAAGUGAGCUCCUGCUCCACAGCCCAGAAGCUCCUGCAGAUUUACAAGCAGCUGCGCAACCCUAGCCUCGUCCUAUUGUGACCAGCUGCUGGCCAGCUCCACAUCACUGUGGGACACACUUGGGGCUUGCCUGGCAGCACCCCUCAACUGGAACCUCUGCACCCCUGAUGGGAAGUACCGUCACCCAAGAACUCAGGCCAUGGAGACACAGGGUUUCUGGGGCUCAGACUCACAGGUUUGGGACUGUUCUGCUGCUGGCCCCAGCACACCCCCGGGAGCACUGGCUGCCUCUCUGGGACCACCAGGUGGCAGAGUGCUCACUGCAACCAAAGCACAAAAACCGUGGGAGGGCUCACAGGCCGCCAGCCUCCAGCCCAUGCUCCAGCCUCCUCCUUCAGCUGGGCCCUGCUGCUGCUGCUGGUGCUGUCGUUGCCAUGGGAGGGGAGGGAGCAUCUGCAGGGCUCUGGGCCUGCUCCUGUUGUCUGUCUGUCUGUCUGUGAGGUGCUGUGCUGACAAGCUGCCUUUUCAUGAA